GAUAGCACGUGCAUUUCGUCAAAACCGAGUCAGCAGUAUACAUGCAGGUGAAAGUUGAGUCCAGUGCAGCGCGUCGCAGUUCCUGGGAAAGCUAAAGUUGUUUAAUGCUGUUAUAAGAAUGUCAACAGUGUCGAAGAGGUACAAGCUAGAUAUGGAAUUUCUAAAGAGACUUGGCCACCUUCUGCCAGUCCUGUUCCUCUCAUGGAAGUCUGCUCAGACAAUCCUAUUUUUCUUGCUUCUUCUGAUAGCAGGUGGAGAACAAGGUGCAGCUUACUUUGUAGGCUUGAUCCCCAGUCAGUUUUAUGUGGUUCUACCUGCCCAGGACUGGUCUGGUUUCAUUACAACUCUAUGGCAAUCUCUGCUCUACAUUAUACUUAUUUCCCUGAUAAAGAGUGCGAAGACUUAUAUCAGCAAACUGCUGUAUGUUAGAUGGAGGGAAGCCCUCACCACACAUCUCCAUAAAUUCUACUUCAAAGCUUUCAGUUACUACAAACUCAACGUUUUGCAGACAGGAAAUGUCGAUAACACGGAUCAGAGAAUAACUCAGGAUGUGGAGAGAUUAUGUAAUCAGUUGAGUCUGGUCGUCCCAACACUGAUUGUGUCACCAUUCACUAUUGCUACCUACACUUAUCUCACGUAUGAAAUUACUGGCUACCUGGGACCUCUGGUUAUCUAUUGUUAUUUCAUCAUCGGAAGUGUCAUCAAUAAAUUCAUCAUGUCGCCAGUGGUGAAUCUAACUUAUCAGCAGGAAAAACAAGAAGGGAUUUUCAGAUUCAAGCAUGCUCAGCUUCGAGCCAAUUCAGAAUCAGUCGCCUUCUACUCGGCUGGUGAUGUGGAGAAGGACAACGCUGACCGCAAGCUCUUCAGACUUCUUGAUGUCCAGCUUACUCUGACCAACUGGGAGUUCUGGCUCAAUGUUGCCAUAAAUCUGUUUGAUUACAUUGGCAGUAUUCUGAGCUAUGUGAUUAUUGCUAUACCGAUAUUUGCUGGAGUAUACAAUGGGCUCCCUGCAUCAGAGAUAUCAAGUCUUAUCAGUGCUUAUUCCUUCCAGACCAUGUACCUGAUAAGCUGUUUCUCCAAGUUGAUUGAUCUCUCUACUAAGAUCUCUGAUAUAGGUGGCUAUACUCACAGAAUCGGCGAGCUCCUUGAAAGCUUAGAAAAGCUGUCACCCGAUACCAAACCCCUCUCUGAAACAGGCGGACCAUCGGACAAUAAUGACCUGACCUCUGACACCCACUUCCUGAUCUCCGAGACCGAGAUGGAUAGGGAGUAUCUAUCGGAGGAUGCAAGAGAGGAGAUGGCCAGAGGAAGAGAAGAGGAUGAAGAGGAGGUUAGCAGCGUGGACAGUCUGAUUGCUUUCCAGUUAGACCAGGUCGCCGUGGCGACCCCAUCAAAGGAUGAAAUCCUCAUUAAAGAUUUAAACUUAGAGGUGGUAGAAGGACGCAACAUCCUGAUCACAGGGGCAACGGGUAGCGGCAAAACGUCACUUCUCCGUGUUCUCCACGGUCUGUGGCCGGUCAUAAGUGGUACGGUGGAGCAGAGAGGCGUGCGGCCAUCGGACAUCAUGUUCCUCCCGCAGAAGGCUUACCUGACGGAUGGAACACUCAUGGACCAGAUAACCUACCCUUCUCGAAAUCCUACAAGGCUCUCAAGAAGUAUACUGGAAGAGGACCCGGAUCCGUGUGAGAUCCUGGACCAGGUAGGCUUAGAGGUCCUGGUCCAACGCUGCGAUGGACUAGAUACACCGGUCUCGUGGAACUGGUACGAUGUAUUGACCCCCGGUGAGGCACAGUGCCUGGCGUUCGCAAGACUGCUUUACCAGAGACCAAGGUUUGCUUUGCUGGAUGAAGCGACCAGUGCCGUACCAAGUGAAAAGGAAGCCCAGCUUUACGCCCUCUGUCGAGCAGCGAAGAUGACCCUGAUCAGCGUCGGCCAUCACGUCACUCUCAAACGCUUCCACGAUGCCGAGCUCAUCAUAGAUGGCCGAGGAGGCUGGACGUUGGUGGACAUCUCUCAUAUAGAAUAGUCAUCGUCUAAGAGCCUUCGUUUGGUAUGAAAUUACAUUUGUGCAGUGGUAAUUGUCACUGAAAUUGACAAUCGUAAAGGUAAAGUGUAAUAAAAAAAAAUAAUGAUGAAGAAGAUAUAGAGUGAAUUAUUAUUUACCAUCUAGAACUAUAAUUGAUUUUGCAAAAUAUUUAUGAAUUCUAUGCGAAAUGUACGUAUAGUAUAAAGAGAGAUUAUGCAUCCAGCUGUAUGUUCAAAGGAGAUUUUGUUUUCAAAUGCUCUAUUUUGAACAGCAAAUGAAAUUGAAAGUACUAAGAUAAAUCUUCCAUACAUAUAUAUUUUUGUAGAAUUUUAUUUUCUUGCCACAGUGAUUUCUUUUUUCAUGAACCAACUGUAUGCCUAAUCAUAUCAUGAGAUAAACAAGCUAUAUGUGUGUGACGCUAUGUGUGUAUAAAGAUUUGGAUACUAUGUGCUCUUAUAUUGUACCCUGCUAUUAACAUGCUAAAAUCAAUAAUUUGGUACCUUAGAAGAUCACUUUGGGGUAGGGUGUCAAAGUUUUAUAAUACAAUCAAACUGGCAAUCAGUAUGUUUGAUAUUCUUUUAAUAAUCGUCUGAGUUAUUGUAUUUUAUCAUUAUUAUUAUAUAUAUAUAACAAAAAUCAUAAAAUGAAAUGUUAUUUUAAAGAAAUUUAAGAUUCAGGAAGAUGUAAACACAGAGUAAAAUGUAGUUCAUGCCAGCAAAAAAAAGAGGACAACAGCAAUUUCCAAACUCUUUUCAGCAAUUCAUCAUAUUUGAGUAGGCCAGAUUAUGUGAAAUAGCAUGGGAGUGGGGGGGGGGGGGCAUAUUUGCCUUCCGCAGACCCUGGCUGUUGAUCAUGUGAUCGCGGUGAAAAUCGUCGCCCACGUUAUCUCCAAACUAGCAUCCAAAAUUUUGAGUUUAGUGAGUCCUUUCCCCAAAAAAUAAUUGAGACCAAGCUGGUUGAACUCGAAAGAAGCCAUUACUGUUGCUUCCUCCUGUGCCAAGAGAUCAAAUGCUUCUGUCCAGUGUUGAAAUGCAAUCCUGUCAUUGGCUAGGGCUUCCACCACACCCCGUUGUCGCACACUAUCCCCUUCGUGUCGUCUAAUUUUCUAAUGCGGUGCAGCUGUCUGGCCUUUCCUGGCUCUUUUUGCACUGCUUCCUCAUAGGUGUUUGAUCUUGUCAUCUUGACAAAUGCAUUCUGAAACAUGAAUUCGACAGAAUAAUAAUGUCAUGUUAAAUUUUGAAGAAAGCAUUUAUUUUCAGGGUUCAUUUGUCUGUUAUCAGAAUGACUGACUUCUCAAUAGUUCAAAAUAUUGGCUAUUAUGCGAAUUUCCCUCACAAAACCAAGAUGUAUUUACCUACGUUGGUCAACCUAUUUCCAUUCUCUUUCAUUUUCAAUAUUUAUGACAACACCAAUCUGGAACAAUCACAACAUCGGCGCCACUACAAUUUUUUUCUUAUGAAGAAUCUUCCAAAAAAUCAAAAGAAGCCAUCACUGUUGCUUCCUCCAGUGGCUUCAAAGCUGACAUGUCUUUGGCAAGAGAUCAAAUGCUUCUGUCCAGUGUUGAAAUGCAAUUCAGGGAAACUCUCCUUGAUCCUGUCCUUGGCUAGGGGCUUCCAACGCACCCCGUUGUUGCACACUAUCCCCUUCGUGUAGUCUAAUUUCCUAAAGCGGUGCAGCUGUUUAGCCUUUGCUGGCUCCUUCUGCAAUGCUUCCUCAUAGGUGUUUGACUUUGUCCUCUUGACGAAUGCAUUCUGAAACAUGAAAAUACUCAAGGCUGAAAGUAACAU